CUUGUUCAGAGCGUGAUCUAUGAGCUCAGAAUAAAAUAUUUGAGCAGACCGAGUUGGAUACUGAAUACAAAUAUUUGACAGGUGAAAUUGAAGAAAAAAAAUCAAGCAUUAAAAUAGCGCUAGUCGGGCAAGGGCAGAAGAUAAUAUUAUACAUUCGUUCUUUCUACCGCUGCAAUACGCUUUUGCGAUUCCUGCCGCCUUCGGGGUUUGUUUCGUUGGAGGACUGACAGUCUUCACUUUGUACCACAUAUGGGAUCACGUUAGUUUCUUCUAGGAAGACAAAACUGGUUUCUGUUUGCGAGAGAUGAGAAACGCAUGCAUAAAUUUGGAAGACAACAGCAAUUAAAGUGAAGACAAUCAUGCCACCUCAGUGGUUAGUAAUUGGAGUUUCUGGGAUUACGUGCGGAGGCAAGACCUCUCUAGCGCUCAGUUUGAGGGACUUUUUUAUCAAUCGUCGCACGGCGCGUCUAUGGAACUCGAAGUAUGUAAUCAAUGAUGUGCAGUUAAUAAGCCAGGAUGAUUAUUUUUUGCCGGUAGACGAUUUGCGUCACAAAUGGGUGGACAAGUUGAAUGCCAUAAACUUCGAAGUUAUCACAGCUCUGGACAUGAAGCAGAUGCUCUCCGACAUCACAUGGACCAUGAAAGGACGCUACCUUGCGAUGGACAACUCAACUAUGUCCUCUACCACUCCGCCCGACUACCUAGUCGAGAUCACGACAUUCCAGAAUGCAACUAAACUAAACAUUCUCAUUAUCGAAGGCUUCCUUAUAUUCAAUCAGCCGGAGUUGCUGCAGAUUUGCCAACUGAAGUUCCACUUCCAUUUGCCCUACGAGAAGUGUUUUGCGCGGCGGGAACUUCGCACCUACGAUCCACCCGAUGUAACCGGCUAUUUCGAGAUGUGUGUUUGGCCGUUCUACGAGAAGAACUUUGCCGAAUUCAGGGAGCGCAAGGACUUGAUCAUACUCAAUGGUGAAAUGUGCAAGGAGAAGAUUUUCAAAUACGUCUUGCAACGAAUCAAUGUGUAUUUGAGCGAAAUGAUGACCAGUCCAUGUUUGAUGGAUCAAUAGAUUUGAAAACUUUAUCUCAAUUGUAAUCCCUCUGGUUCACUAUUACUCCUUAAAAGAGUAAGAGGCCCACAAUGAAUUUCAUGUUUUAUGAAAUGUACUUGAUGAUGCUCUAUUAGCGGGAUUGAUUUUUCGAGGGAAUGGAUUUUAAUGGAGGUCUAUACCAGUUCUUUAGAUUUUGUAGGAUUUAGGAUAUUUAUAUUUUUGUAACAAUAUCGACGGCACAGGUGCUGUAUUUUCAGAAAUUAACACACACAAACGGAACAUGAUAUCUUCUCAUGGUGGAAGCAUGUUUGAAUUUUCUAUUGUUUUUUUCACAUAGGUUUUAAGUAAUUUAUCAUCUUAUUAAUUUAAUUCUUAUGUUCUUAUUUUAACAUAUUAAAUAUUUACCACAAAGGCUAUUAGAAUGUAUAUGUAUGUAUAAUAAAUAUGUAUGUACCUAA